AUGCCCUCCAUCCUCGAAGACCCCUCCUCCCGCAUCCCCGCACCAACAGCACACACCACCGCCGCACCCACACUAUCACCCCGGCACACCACCCUUCCCAAAGCCUCCAAUGCAGGCAUGACUCUCUACCCUAUCACGGGUGGCUCGUCGAGUAUCCCGUGGGAUCUAGUUAAAUUCCUCCACGCGGAAUUUAGCGCGGAGAUUGAGCGCGGGAGUACUUAUCCUAUGGAGAAGCCGAUGGAGUUGGAGGCGUUUGCGGAGUAUUGGUUUGGCACGUUUGCGGUUGUUGCUGUGCUUGAUGGGGAGGAGGGUGAGGGAAAUGGGUUGGUGGAAGGGAGGGAUUGGGAGAAUGUUUGUUUGGGGACGUUUUAUAUUAAGCCGAAUUAUCCUGGUCGUUGCUCGCAUAUCUGCAAUGCCGGUUUCUUGACUACCGUCGCAGCGCGUGGCAAGGGCGUUGGCCAGCAGAUGGGAGAAGCUUAUCUGGAUUUUGCUCCGAAGCUAGGAUACAAAUACUCCGUCUUCAACCUGGUCUUCGCUAACAACCCUGCUUCUAUCCGUAUCUGGGAGAGACUUGGGUUCAGCGUUAUUGGACGGGUUCCUAAGGCGGCGCGUCUCGCUAAUAGCGAGGAGCUGGUUGAUGCGUUGGUUUUUGGACGCGAGUUGGGAAAUUAG